AUGACUAAUUACCAAUACACCCUCGCACUCAUGGUCUUCUUGAUCGCCUAUGCUCUCUUCGAAGUUCCGUCAAACUACAUGCUCAAACGCCUCAAGCCUUCUACGUGGAUUGCUUUCCUCAUGCUUUCGUGGGGCGCUAUCACGAUGGGCCUAGGCGGGACGCAUAGCUUUGGUGCUGUCACCACUGUGAGAUUCCUUUUGGGAGUCUUCGAGGCUGGCCUAUUCCCUGGACUAGUUUGUAGGUUACUUCACUAUUAACUGUGCUGAAGAACACUGCUAAUAUGCGAUGCAGACUAUCUCACCUUCUGGUACCGGACCGAAGAGCGAUCGAUCAGAGUAGCUCUCAUAUUGGCUUCUGCGACACUAGCGGGUGCUUUUGGAGGCGCCAUUGCCUACGGCGUGGGGCAUAUGAACAGAACUAGUGGCCUAGAGGCUUGGAGGUAAUUACACACUCACCGCAUCUACCGCUCGAUCCAGGACUGAAAAUAGCCUUGUAGAUGGCUUUUCAUCCUCGAAGGCAUCCCAUCGCUCUUAUCCGCUUUCUUCGUCUACUUCUUCCUCCCGGAUUAUCCCGAAACAGCCAACUGGCUCUCGGAGCAAGAAAAGGCCCUCGCUGUCGAUCGCCUUAGGACGGAAGGUUCACAUGGGCAUAGCGGACACAUGACUUGGCAAGACGCCAAGGAAACUCUGACCGACUGGCGCUUGUAUGCUCAUUAUGCCGUGCGUACCUCCUUUCUUCCCUCACGAUCCGGCGUCGCCAAAUUCUGACGGGUCUUUCUAGGUCUACUUCGGCAUCAGCACCCCUUUCUCCUCCCUAUCGCUCUUCACUCCCACCAUAACAGCAGGAUUAGGCUACACCGGUCUUCGCGCCCAGCUCAUGACUGUACCACCCUACGCGGUGGCCUACGUCAUCACUAUCCUGGCUUCUUGGUCGGCCGAUCACCUCAACGCCCGUGGAUUGCACAGCGCUAUGUUCGCGACGAUCGGAGCUUGCGGGUUCUUGGCAUCUGCUGUUCUGCCACCUUAUGCAUAUUCUUCCCGCUAUGGAUGUCUGAUCGUAGCAGCUUCAGGAGCAUUUGCAUGCAUACCGCCUCUAUUGGGAUGGUUAAGUAGUAAUCUGUCCAGUACCGCGAGUGUGGGACUUGCCAUUGCUGUGAACAUUUCGUUCGGGGCGCCUGGCCAGAUUGUGGGUGUUUGGAUCUAUAAGGCCAAUGAGAAGAGCAGAGGGUACCCAACGGGACACUGGACUAACGCAGGGCUGCUUUUUUUCGUCGCUGCUGGUUGUGUUGGGUUGGUGGGUUACUACAGAGCACUCAAUGGAAAGAUUAGAAGGCGAGGCGUGGGAGAGGGGGAAUAUAAGUAUUAA